GGCAAGGGGGGGAUGGGUAUGGUCACCGAGACGCCAUUUUGUUUCAAUGAAAAUCAGCACGCCAACGCUGCCUAUGACGCGAAAAACGUCACAUCGUAUAAAAACGGAGUCCCUCCUCCCCGCGGUCAUUCCUGGAUUCGGUAAGAGGUCUGAAUUUGCCUUGCUGAAGACUGAGCCGUCGAGGACUUCGAACAACACCUACUCAAAUUCAUAUUUUUUUCUUCAAGUAAUGGACAUUUGAUUACUAUUUUUGCCUCCAGUUUGUUCCUGAAGGAAAAGCUAGCCUAAGCUACCACAACCCCGCCCAUAAGCAGUUUUUCAAUUGCUAUAAAACCAUCAAGGUUUACGAUGUAAACUGAUGAAAUAAGAGAUAUAAGUGCAUUCAAAGCACGUUAUAAUAUACCAGAGACGCUGAGGAUCUAAAAUACCAAUAAUAUGGCAGGGGGGCCAGUAGACCCCAGAGAGAUUUUGAAGGGAGUGGAGACGCUGCUGGGGAAAGAUGGAGAGCUCCGCAGCCUGGAAGGAGUCCCUAAGGUGUUCAGCUUGAUGAAAGCGUCUACCAAGAUGGUCAGUAGAUGCAUGUACCUCAACAUUCUACUGCAGACGAAAUCCCAUGACAUUCUUAACAGGUUUAUCCGAGUCGGUGGCUACAAGCUGCUCAACUCUUGGCUGACCUACGCCAAAACCACCAACAACACGCCUCUGCUGCAGCUCAUCCUGCUAACGCUGCAGAAGCUGCCUCUCAAAGUCGACCACCUCAAACAGAACAACACAGCCAAGCUGGUGAAGCAGCUGAGCAAGAGUGGAGAGACUGAGGAACUGAGGAAGUUGGCAGCAGUGCUGGUAGAUGGCUGGAUGGCUAUAAUCCGCUCCCAGAGUGUCUCAAGCAGUGGAAACUCUCCUGCCGAUAAGAAAAGGAAGAAAGAAGAGAGCAAAGUGCCGGUGCGAGAUGUGAAGCAAAAGAGUGGCGAUGAUGAGAAGAAGAAGGAGAAACCCAAAGCUCAUGCACCCAGCCAUGCUAAGAUCCGCUCCAUAGGACUGGAGAUGGACACGCCCAGUCCUGUCCCUGUUAAGAAGACCGCCAGUGCCCCACAGCUGGGUGACAAGUACAACAUCAAGCCUGCUGUCCUCAAGAGGCCUAGCAGCUCUGGCCCAUCAGACGCUCUGCCAGUUGAGAAAAAAUACAAACCUUUAAAUACCCCCUCCAACUCUGCCAAAGAGAUCAAAGUGAAGAUCAUCCCAGCACAACCAAUGGAGUGCACAGGAUUCUUAGAUGCUCUGAACUCAGCCCCAGUGCCUGGAAUCAAGAUCAAGAAGAAGAAACCUGGUGCCACUGCCACUACAAACACUAAGGUUGUCUCCCCCACAUCCAACAAGCCAAGUCCAUUUGACAGUAAGCCAUCUGCUUACCCAUCGUCAUCCACCAAGCCAUCAUCUCCAGAACCCGCAGCUUCCACAACACCCCCCCACGAAACCCCGGAGCCAGAGCAGCCGGGAACUCCUGUUCCCUCUGAAGACCCCGAGGCCUCUGACAAUGGUGAGAAGCCUAACGCCCUGUCAGAGCCACGUGGGGAUGAGGAGAGCUUGACCAAGAAGGGCAAGAAGAAGAAGAGUGUUCGCUGGGCUGAGGAGGAGCAGCUCAAAGAAUACUUCUACUUUGACCUGGAUGAGACAGAGAGAGUAAAUGUCAACAAGAUCAAAGACUUUGGUGAGGCUGCCAAACGAGAGCUGAUGAUGGACAGGCAGACAUUUGAGAUGGCCCGUCGGCUCUCCCAUGACACCAUGGAAGAGAGGGUCCCCUGGACACCCCCAAGGCCCUUGACACUGCCUGGCAGCCUAGUCAACCCCGGGGCCAACAGCACUGAGAAGCUCACCCAGAGGGACCGGGAGAUGGGCAUCCUGCAGGAGAUAUUCCUUAGCAAAGAGAGUGUGCCUGACAGUCCACAUGAGCCAGACCCAGAGCCUUAUGAACCAAUGCCUCCACGUCUCAUCCCUCUUGAUGAAGACUCCACCAUGCUGGAUGAAGGCUAUGUGGAGCCCAUGGACACCACACCACAGCAAAGCUCCACCAUGAUGCAGAACGAGGGCUCCAAGUUGCCACCUGUCUUGGCCAACCUUAUGGUCAACCUGGGCAACAGUGGCCGCAGCCCCCAAGCCACCAACACCGCCACAAACCCUGUGGCCCCCACUGUGAAUGUACAAGAGCUGCUGUCAUCUAUCAUGGGUGCUCAGGGUAACCAGUCUACUGAAGAACUGAUUAAGCAGCCCGACUUCUCAGACAAGAUUAAACAGCUACUGGGUUCCCUGCAGCAGACUCAGAACCAGAAUGGGCCUCCUCCAGUCAACCAGGGUUUGCUGGGCCAUGGACCAGGGAUGAACAGCAUGAACAGCAUGAACAACAUGAACAACAUGAACAAUAUGAACAUGAGUAUGCAGAUGCCCAUGAACGGCUAUCCACCCAACAACCUGCCAGGCGGCCCCCGCUUCAACCACCCACCACCACCCCACAACCACGGGCCACCUUUCAAUGCCGGCGGAGGUCCUCGUAUGAUGGGCCCUCCUCCUGGCCAGGGCCGUGGAGACAAUGGCAGUUACUGGGGAGACGAAUCCAUGAGAGGAGGACCCCACCGGGGAGGCCACUUCCACCGAGGAGGUCGGGGCCGAGGAGGAGACCAGGGCUUCAGAGGAAGAGGCCGAGGAGGUCCAAGAGGAGGACACAACAACAUGAAUGACAUGUCCAAGAGGCCCGUGUGUCGGCACUUCAUGAUGAAGGGAAACUGCCGAUACGAGAGCAACUGCGCGUUCUACCAUCCUGGAGUAAACGGACCACCGCUGCCACCCAACCACCCUGCAAACAACCAACACAACCAGCACCCACAGCACCCUCAACAUGGACACUAGGCACCUGCCAGUUUGGGAAAGACUACUUGAACUGUUCCCCUUGGCUGAGCCAUUUUCUAAUCGGAGACAACCACUUUUGUUCACCCGCAGGGUAUUGGGACUUCUUUUUGGGACACAAGCGUAGGAAGAGUAGGAUGUAGGCCUUCUUUUAGGUUCCUCCCUGUACAAUCUGAAGCAUUAAGCUCGCUGUAUCUCCUUUGUUUAAGAUAGAGGAUCUUGCUUGCUAACACAGCUGUAAAUGCUUAAAUGCCGUAAGAUGAUCACUCAUAGGUAUUUUUAUUGUGAUCAUUUUUAACAGUGCAUUCAUAAGACUGAAAACAACACAACACUUGACCACUAUGUGUCUGUUGCUGCAACUUGAUAAUUGUCCUACAUUUUGUCUUACUGAUUGAGCCCAACACUCCCACACCAUAAUAGUAGACCAAAUGAAGUAAAUAUAUAUGGUGCGAUAUGCCAGGAGCAGACUCAGCACUGAAACAGGGUAAUGUUUCAUGUCCCCUGUCCAAGCAGAAUGCCUGUCAGAUGACUCGAAAUAACCACUAAAUAACCCUAAGAUUAAAAAAAAAAUGUUCUUUACCUGGCUACAUUCAGGAUAUUGCUUGCAAGUUUUCUGGCAGUUUUGCUUAUACCCUAAACUUUCAGAGUGGAUUUUUUUAGUGUUAUGUUUUCCCUACUUCAAUGAUUUUUUUUUCCUUCUAAGGUGAGACAAAUAAUUAGGUAGCACUUUAGAAACAUAAGGGUCAAAUUGAAGCCACCUCCAGCCAGCCCUACAGAAUGCAGCCACUUGCUGCUUUGGUGAUAAAAGACUGGGCAUCAGAUUUUUCCCAGAACAAAACUGUAGUGUUGAGACUCCUUUAUUUGACUCUGACAAAACUGCAAACUCUGAGUGUAAUACUGUACUAAUAAGGAAAGGUCCUGUGAUUUUUUUUUUCUUCCUCAUAGCAACUGAUUACAUAUUGAGAUUUUUCAGUUGCAUUUUUAUGAAAGCAGAAGAAGUAACUAAGAGGCGAAGUUUGCUUUAUUCUCUGGAGUCUUUGUCAAAGAAUAGCUUUCCCUCUCUGCAUCCUGGCUUAAUCAGCUGUCUGUGAAUUUUGAAGCAUAUGUGGUGUGACAAUCAUAAACGUCAAAAUGUGCCACCGUCCCGUCCGAAGUGCAGCUUCUCCCAGUUUGCAGCGCUGCUCCUGUCUUUGCUCACAUCCAUAGGAUUCAGUGUAGCUCUGAUUGUGCCGUCAGUGUUAAAGAAGUAGUCCAGUCCAAAGGAGAUUCAGCUAUUCUGUGGGUCAGCUAUAUUCAGUGUUUUCUGUGAAAACAAAUGACCUUUGUGUCUCUUGUGGGACUGUAAAAAAUGUCUUGUUUUUUGUUGCCCCUCCCAUAUUUUUAUUUAUUUAUAUUUUUUUGAUACAAUGCUGAUAAUAUUGUCCUCUUUUAAGAUGGGGUCACUUUUUUGUCAGUAUCAAAUGUUUGUAUUGAUGUGUUUGUGUGAAAACAUGCACAUUUAUACACAUUCAUAUUAUCAGUAUGAGUAUUUUGUACACAGUGUAUUGAAUAAAUGUCAAACAAAUUUC